CGACUCACUUCUCCAGAAUCGUCUGCCGCGUGAAGUUGCCGGAAUCAUUUUACCUGAACUUCUAAAUUCAUAUUCUCUAUUGGUGUGAUCUUUUUUAUGGUCGUAGAAAUAACGUUACUAGAAGUACCAUCAGCUUAUAAAGUGAAGUUAUUUACAAUGUCUCGACGUCGGCUGAUGAGUGCAGACGUAAUUUCAGACUCCAACCGAAUGGCGGGAUUACCAGAGCGAGUCUCAUCGCUUGGAAUAAACGGCUCGAAAAAAGAAUCGAGAGAGCGAGACAAUGAACGACUUCGUCGGUCUAUGUCGGUUGAUGAUUCUACUGUCAUUCAUCGAACGAACUCUGAACAAGAUGAAAUCCAACCUGAUUAUUUCGAACUGUAUGCAAGAGAUUUGUUACCAGCCAAAGAGUCUGGCGAGCUGACCGGCAAAUUCCUGAAGGAAGUGACUGAGCAAUUGGUUGAGUACAUUCAAGGAUCUUUCAACAGAAAAAACAAAGUCAUUAACUUUAUGCAGCCAUCAGAACUCAAAGAAAAGUUACACCUUGAUCUACCAGACAAGGCAGAAAAUCUUGAUCAGAUCUUGCUCGAUAUUAAGAACACUUUGUCGUACUGUGUGGUAACAGGUCAUCCACGAUUUUUCAACCAGCUAUCUCAAGGCUGUGACAUUAUCUCAACGGCUGGCGAAUGGCUAACUGCAGCUGUUAACACUAACAUGUUCACGUACGAAAUCGCCCCCGUUUUCACCUUGAUUGAAAAGGCUACAUUAAAAAAGAUGCGGGAAAUCAUCGGCUACAAGGACGGAGAAGGGAUAUUUUGUCCAGGGGGCGCUAUCUCUAACUUGUAUGCCGUACUUGUGGCUCGACAACACCGGUUGCCACAGUGCAAACGAAUGGGAUUGAAAGGGAUGCCACAGCUUGUUAUUUUUACUUCAGAAGACAGUCACUUCUCAUUUAUGAAGGCUGCCGUAAUUUGCGGGAUUGGUGCAGAUAAUGUUGUAACGGUGAAUACAGAUGAAAGAGGUAAAAUGAUAAUAUCUGACUUAGAAGACAAGAUUCAACAGGCAGCAGCUCGCGGUGAUGUUCCAUUCAUGGUCAACGCAACUGGAGGUACAACUGUAAGGGGUGCAUUUGAUCCUAUCCAAUCAAUUGCUGAUAUAUGCGAAAAGUACAAAAUCUGGCUGCACGUAGAUGCUGCUUGGGGAGGCGGUGUGUUACUCUCUCGUCGACAUCGGCAUCUGCUGGAUGGAAUAGAAAGAGCUGAUUCAGUGACAUGGAAUCCCCACAAAAUCAUGGGUGUUACGUUGCAAUGCUCUGCGAUUCUUCUCAAAGAGGAUGGUAUGUUGAUGGAAACAAAUUCAAUGAAGGCGAACUAUCUAUUUCAACAAGACAAACACUACGACUUGGAAUACGACACGGGUGAUAAGGCUAUACAAUGUGGCCGCCAUCUUGACGUCUUCAAACUGUGGCUAAUGUGGAGAGCAAAGGGAACGCGAGGAAUGGAAUCCCAGAUCAACAAGCUAAUGGACAUGUCACAGUAUUUACAAGACAAGCUCUCGGAGAGACCCGGAUUCCAAAUGGUCUUCAUCAAGCCUGAAUAUUGCAACGUUUCUUUCUGGUACGUGCCGCCUAGCUUAAGGGGACUUCCGGACACAAAGGAAAAGCAACUCCGCCUACACAAGAUUGCACCCGCUAUCAAGGCCCGGAUGAUGGCACACGGGACGACAAUGGUCGGCUAUCAACCACUCAGAGAUAAAGUAAACUUCUUCCGAAUGAUCACAUCGAACCCAGCGACCACCAAAUCCGACAUUGAUUUCCUUGUCGAGGAGAUUGAACGGCUAGGAAGAGAUUUGUAAAGAUACUAUGAACAAAUAAAAUCAACUUUAAAAUUGAAGCAGUUCAAUCAAUCAAUCAAUCAAUCAAUCAAUCAAUCAAUCAAUCAAUCAAUCAAUCAAUCAAUCAAAACAAUAUGUCCCUGAGAACGUUGGUCCUAUGAUACUCAACAUUCUCCAUUGGUCUUCAUCUUUCGCCAGUCUCUAGGCCAGCCUGGUGACAUGAUCAUCCUAAUAUGUCAUUAGGGAGCUUUCGAUUUUGUGCGACGACGCGACGCUAGAACGGAAUCACUCAUGCGUGGCCGCCCUACCUGGCGUCCUACGUUCUCUGCAUACGUAGAUUUGACCAAAUUGCGUUCCAGAAUCUACUCAACGAGGUGACCUUAAAACGUCCUUGCAUGCGUAGAUGAUUUUUAGUGACGUCAUUACGUUCUACGUCCUACCGUCGUCGUGCAAUCGAUAGCUCCCUAUUUUCCCACUCUGCUUGGUUUAUACACAAGUACACAUACAACAUUGAUGUCAUUUUCCUGAAUUUGUUAGUCUCGGUAAUGUUUGAAAUUUUGUAUUGAAAAUCUUAAUCAAAUUGGAUUCCUUAUUAGGUAAAAUAUAGAAUAUAUAAAGUGUAGUAGCGCUGUCAGUGUUGCCACCCGGCCCUGUGUGUAGAUCGACCAAAAAAAAAAAAAAACAAAAACAAAAAAAAA